AUGCCUACUUGUGCCAUCUGCUUGAACGUCCUCAAGGACCCAGCUGCUCUUCCAUGCGUCCAGGCCACGUCUUCUGCUACCGCUGUAUCGUCCAGGUGGUUCGCAGCAUUACCCCAUAUGUACACCACCACUUUUGCCCAGCGUGCAGACAUCAGUAUACCGUCUGUGGACCCUAACCUGGUCCCUCAUCACCUACAAUCGCACGUCACCCCUGCAAUACGCAAACUGCGCCUGGACUACAGCAUUCCGAGUGCUUCUACUACGCCACCUACCAGUACAGAACUUGAUCAACUUCGUGCUGAAAUUGCUUCGUUGCGAGAGUGCUGCAUGGUGUGGCGUAAACGCGCCGCCUUACACGCUACGGCCACCAUGAGCCUCGUGGGGUUGGCCCGUAUGACACGCGAUGGGGCUGUAAAAAUGAAGGCCCAGAAAGAUGAACUCGAAACAAAAUAUGUCGCUUUGAAGCGAAGUUUUGAGGAGUCGCAAACUCUUGCCACUUUCCCCCCUCAGCCCGAGCGGCAACGAGAGUCAAGACCUGCUUUCUGCCCAACCUUCUGCGAGACUCCUCAACCGUUAAGUCCGAACUCAUCCCGUGCGGCCUCACAUCGGUCCUUCCGCACAUCCUCGCCCGCUCUGAGCGACGCCAGCUACUGUUCGGAGUGCUCUGAAUGCUGUCACUCGAGGAAACGGAAGAGAGAAGACACCGACACGAGGCCAAUCAAGCGGUCGCACUCCAGUAUGUCGGUUUUGCCUCCGUCGCCGCAGCUCAGGAGGGCGGGAGAAGAACGUGUCAUGGGAUCAUUUGUCCCGCUGCCCUUGGACACUGGGGAUAUACCCGGUUGCUGCCUGCGUGUUUUCUACCCGUUUUCAUUCGGAUAUGUCAACCCCCGCUCUGCCUUCACCCUUCACCCUCAAUUGAUGUAG